AAAACAAGGAUCUACGAUGGUAAAUUAUAGAUAGGAAAAUUUACCGUUCUUGACCAGCAGUGUCCCAUAUCUGAGCUUUGAUAGUUUUACGAUCGAUUUCAAGUGUUCUUGUCUGAAACUCGACACCGAUCGUUGCUUUAGAUUCGAUACUGAACUCGUUUCUUGAAAACCUAGCGAGAAGCUGAGAUUUACCAACAGCAGAGUCGCCGAUCAAGACUACCUUGAACACAUAAUCUAUCUUCUGAUUGAAAUUGCUCUGAAAUUUUGACAUCGUUCACACCAAAAUCACAAGCUUAUAGAUUUUAGAGGCGAUAGAAAUGACUUAGUUGUAAUAUAAGAUCUCUGAUGUAAUAAGAAGAGGAGAGAUCUAAAAGAUGAAAGUGGGUUGCGACUUGUGAAGCAUCGGGAGACGUGAAGGGAAGAAACGAGGAGGGAACACCAACGAAAGUGGGUCCCGCCUUUUGUUUCCUUUUUCUUUUCAUUCCUUUUUGACGUCAUUCUUUUUUUUUUUUUUGCAAAUCUCAGCGACCACAAAAAAACACACUUAAAAUCCAAUUUCACCCUCUCUCGUCUACCUCCGGUCGUCUCGCCGUUCUCCUCCUCCUCCACUAUAGCUGCCUGUAUUCGUCUUCUCUAUCACCCUCGUUAUCUGGAUCUGAAAUAUUAGGUGAUACGAAGCCAUGACAGUUUCAGAAGCUUAUAGUCCACCUCUGUUCAGUAUAGCCCCGAUGAUGGGAUGGACAGACAAUCAUUACAGAACUCUAGCGCGUCUUAUAACAAAACACGCAUGGCUCUACACUGAAAUGUUAGCUGCUGAAACCAUUGUCUAUCAAGAAGAUAACCUGGACAGCUUUUUGGCAUUCUCUCCAGACCAACAUCCCAUCGUUCUUCAAAUUGGUGGAAGAAACUUGGAAAAUUUGGCUAAAGCAACCAGACUUGCUAAUGCUUACGCCUAUGAUGAAAUUAAUUUUAACUGUGGAUGUCCUAGCCCAAAAGUAAGUGGACGAGGUUGUUUUGGUGCUCUUCUUAUGCUUGACCCGAAGUUUGUUGGUGAGGCUAUGUCUGUCAUUGCAGCCAAUACCAAUGCAGCUGUCACUGUCAAAUGUCGAAUAGGUGUUGAUGAUCAUGAUUCAUAUAAUGAGCUUUGUGAUUUCAUUCAUAUAGUUUCUUCAUUAUCUCCUACUAAGCAUUUCAUCAUACAUUCGCGGAAGGCAUUACUGUCUGGACUUAGCCCGUCAGAUAACCGUCGAAUUCCGCCCUUAAAAUACGAGUUUUUCUUUGCCCUUUUGCGUGAUUUCCCGGACUUAAAGUUCACAAUAAAUGGAGGCAUAAACUCUGUGGUUGAGGCAGAUGCCGCAUUAAGGUCUGGAGCUCAUGGCGUUAUGCUUGGGCGUGCUGUAUACUACAAUCCCUGGCACAUUUUGGGACACGUCGAUACUGUAGUUUACGGAUCUCCAAGCAGUGGAAUUACAAGGCGACAGGUUCUUGAAAAAUAUAAACUAUAUGGAGAGUCUGUUCUCGGGAAAUAUGGAAAAGGCCGACCAAAUCUUCGAGAUAUAGUGAGGCCAUUGAUCAAUUUGUUCCACUCGGAGUCUGGAAAUGGCCAGUGGAAACGUAGAACCGAUGCUGCUCUCUUGCACUGCACCACCUUACAAUCAUUCUUAGACGAAGUGUUACCAGCAAUACCCGACUAUGUCCUCGAUUCAUCUGCUGUCAAAGAGGCGACUGGACGUGAAGAUCUAUUUGCAGAUGUACAACGUUUGUUGCCUCCUCCUUACGAAAAAGAAUCUUUCAAAGCAUUGGAAAGGAUACCAACGAGACCUGUGAUUCUUGAUGAGGAAUGACAAAUCUAUUUUUUUUCUUAGCCAUACUUGAAACAUCACGAGGAUGAAGAUUCGACUUUGUGCAUGCAGCUACAAAGAUGUGAUGUUAUUUUGAAUCUAUUUUGAUCACUGGAUUUGAAAGAUCAGGAAAAGAAAAAACGUAGAAGAAAGCAAGAGAUAUGUAAUAUGUUUGGAUCAAAUGUAGUAUCAGAUGUUUUGCAAGAAAAGUUUUCGGAAAUCCACUUAA